AUGAGCAAGCUAGAGAUGAUCGUCAAGCAGCGGCGGCUCGACGUCGCCGAGGCCAAGACGCGGGUGGCUGCCGAGGCGCUGCGCGCCCGCGUCGCCGCGGCGGCUCCGCCGAACGACUUUGCGGCUGUGCUCAGCAAGAGCGGCCCGAUGGCGCUGCUUGCAGAGAUGAAGCGCGCGAGCCCGAGCAAGGGCGACAUCGCGCCGCACACCGACGCGGCGCAGCAGGGCCUCACCUACGCGCUCGCUGGCGCCUGCACCAUCUCUGUGCUCACCGAGCCGUCGUGGUUCAAGGGCUCGCUCGACGACCUCGCUCGCGUGCGCGCGGCGCUCGUCGCGGGCGGGCUGGGCGAGGAGGUGUGCGUGCUGCGCAAGGACUUCAUCGUCGACGAGUACCAGCUGCUCGAGGCGCGCGCGCACGGCGCCGACACCGCGCUCCUCAUCGUCGCCGCGCUCUCGGCCGCAGAGCUGUCGUCGCUCAUGGCCUUCUCUCGCAGCCUCGGCAUGGAGCCCCUGGUCGAGGCGGCCAACGAGGGCGAGAUGCGGGUGGCGCUCGACGCGGGCGCGCGGGUGAUCGGCGUCAACAACCGCAACCUCCACACCUUCGAGGUGGACAUGACGACCACCUCCCGCUGCGCUGCGCUCGUGCCGAGCGGCUCGAGCGUGCGCCUCCUUGCCCUCUCCGGCGUUGCGACUCGCUCCGACGUCACCGCCCUCGCUGACGUCGGAGCGUGCGGCGUCCUCGUCGGCGAGUCUCUGAUGCGCGCCGACUCGCCGGCGGGGCUGGCGCGGGAGCUGCUCGGCCUGCCGCCGCCGCGCGCGCUCUGCAAGGUCUGCGGCGUGCGCGACGCCGAGACCGCCGCCGCCGCCGCCAAGGCCGGCGCCGACCUCAUCGGCGUGAUUCUCGCGCCGUCCAAGCGGCAGGUGAGCGUCGGCGAGGCGGCGGCCAUCGUGGCGGCGGUGCGCGAGGCGCGGCCGCGGCCGAAGGGGUGGGCGCUGCCCCGCUUCCCGCAGCGCGCCGCGCCGGCGCCGGACCAGGGCGCGGACGAGGCGCGCGAGACCAGGCAGUGGCUGCAGGGCUGGAGCGGCCUGCUGCGGCGCGCCUGCGCGCAGGCGGGCCCGCUGGUCGUGGGGCUGCACGGCAACGAAGGGUGGGCGGUGGCGGCGGAGCUGGCGCGGCCGGCGGUCCGAGUGGUGCACAUGGGCCCGGCGCUCACCGCCGAGCAGGUCUGCUCCCAGAUCCAGGGCGGGCUCGCCGCCGCCGUCCUCCUCGACUCCAAGGGCGGCGGCACGGGCAAGACGUUUGACUGGUCGAUUGGCGAGGAGGUGCAGCGGCGGACGCCCUUCAUCCUCGCCGGAGGGCUGACGCCGGACAACGUGGGCGCGGCGGUGCGGCAGGUCGGGCCGUGGUGCGUCGACGUCUCCAGCGGCAUCGAGACGGACGGCGUCAAGGACCCGGACAAGAUUGAGGCGUACCUGCGCAACGCCGCCCAGGCGUGA